AGAAUGAAGUGUCCUUUUAAACACGAACGCACCAUGAAGCAGCAGCCCCAGCUAUUCCUGGACUGAAGUGUGGUAAGACAGGCAGCACAGCAGCAGCACGAGGCCAGAGGAGCUCCUCUGUGCUACGGCCAGACUUCUUUAUAUCUAACCAACUGUAAAUUGACUAGGAUUCACUACUUCAGGUGCCUCUUAAACUAAACUAGAAGCUGUGGUGAAACACUCUAGGAGAUCAUGUCGUCAUCCUAUGCUGCUGCUAUAUCAGCUCUUCGUACAUUAAACUCUCCUGACACCCCCGGAUCAUCAUCUUCUGGCCCAGCAGGGAUUCCGACACCUUCUCCUCGCUUUCACAAAAUCCACAAAAAGCCUGCAGUUGAGGAGGAACAACCCCCUCCUCCAGAUCCCCUGAGGACAUAUGAGGAGCAGCAGGAGAACCCUGAAGACUAUGGCAUAGGCGGUUAUUACUCUGUGGAGAUUGGAGAGAUUUUUGUUGAUCGUUAUCAAGUGGUGAAGAAGCUGGGAUGGGGCCAUUUCUCCACUGUGUGGCUCUGCUGGGACAUGGUGAAAAGACGCUUUGUGGCCUUGAAAGUAGUGAAGAGCGCUCCAACAUUCACAGAGACGGCACUGGAUGAAAUCAAACUUCUGAAAUGUGUAAGAGACAGUGAUCCCAAAGACCCUAAGCGUGAAAGAAUUGUACAACUCAUUGACGACUUCAGGAUCUUGGGCGCCAACGGAGAGCAUGUGUGCAUGGUUCUAGAGGUUCUAGGCCACCAGCUGCUGAGGUGGAUUGUCAAGUCCAAUUACACCGGCCUUCCGCUGGCCUGUGUGAAGAGCAUCCUCAGACAGGUUUUACAGGGUUUAGAUUACCUACAUACUAAAUGCAGGAUGAUCCACACGGACAUUAAACCAGAAAACAUUCUGCUGGGCGUGGACAACACUUAUGUCCAGAGAUUAGCUGCAAACACUAAACUGUGGCAGCUGCCGGUCACCCCUGCUCUCAACAGCUCAACAGUAAAUGGUGGACUCAGUGAAAAAAAGAGUUUCUCUAACGUUUUUGGCAAGUUGACCGAGGCUUUUCAUAACUUUGGGGAGUGGUCCAGUAAGGUCUCCAAAAGUCCAAUUGUCAGACUAAGACGGAAAGUCACUCGUCAACAAGGGCAGGAGAGGACAGCCGUGCUCCCCCCGUCCUCUGUUGCCAAACAGAGCUCCAGCAGUCAGUCUGGUUUCACAUUAAGAAGACAAACCCUGUUGUUGGAAGACAGACUGGAAUUUGAUCCACAGAACCACAGAGCAUCCGUCUGUUCGUGGACCACUUUCAACAUGGGCGCUGGGUCACUGCCGUUACAUCCAUCUGCAGAACCGUCACUGCCAUCACCACCACCAUCAUCAUCUUCUCACUGUGGUAGCAGUGACUCUGACGUACUUUUAGACCUGUUGAAUCCACAGAAUGCUGAUAGAAUCCUAAUCAAGAUUGCCGAUCUGGGCAAUGCCUGUUGGGUGCAAAAACACUUCACUGAAGAUAUCCAGACCUGUCAGUACCGUUCUGUGGAGGUUUUGAUCGGUACUGACUACGGCACCCCAGCUGACAUUUGGAGCUCUGCCUGCAUGGCUUUUGAGCUCGCAACUGGGGACUACCUGUUUGAUCCACAAUCGGGAGCCACGUUUUCCAGAGAGGAAGAUCACAUUGCCCAUAUCAUUGAGCUACUUGGACCCCUACCAUUACAGUUUGCUUUCUCAGGGAGAAAGUCCAAACAGUAUUUUAACCAAAAAGGUCAACUGAAGCACAUCUCAAAACUCAAGUCCUGGAGCCUUUUUGAAAUCCUACAGGAUAAAUAUGAUUGGCCGCGAGAGGAAGCCAUUAAUUUUAGCUCCUUUCUUUUGCCCAUGUUGGAGCUGUUACCAGAGAAAAGAGUUACAGCCGGCCAAUGUCUGAAACAUCCAUGGAUAUGCUCCUAGAUACAAGUCCACUCGGCUCU